AUGUAUGUUCCCCACUGCUAUAGCCGUAUCAAACAAUUCAACCCCACCGCAGAUAGGCCAUUUGUCCUAGGCCUACCGACCGGAAGCAGUCCAGAGGUCAUCUACCGUAUCCUGGUCCAACGGUAUAAAGCUGGCGAAAUCUCUUUCAGACAUGUCAUUACGUUUAACAUGGACGAGUAUGUGGGCCUUCCCCGCGAUCACCCCGAAAGCUACCACAGCUUCAUGUACAAGCACUUCUUCUCGCAUGUCGACAUCUCCCCAGCCAACAUCAAUAUCCUAAAUGGUAACGCACCAGACCUAGCCAAAGAAUGUGCCGACUAUGAAGCCAAAAUACAAGCCGUGGGCGGCAUCGAGCUAUUCCUCGGCGGCGUGGGUGCAGACGGACACAUCGCCUUCAACGAGCCUGGUAGCAGCCUCCACUCGCGUACUCGCGUCAAGACACUCGCAUACGACACCAUCCUGGCCAACUCGCGUUUCUUCGGCAACGAUGUAUCGAAGGUGCCACGCAGGUCGUUGACGGUUGGGAUUCAGACGAUCCUGGACGCACGUGAGGUAGUGAUUGUGGCAACGGGCGUGCACAAGGCAACAGCGCUGCAGAAGGCGCUGGAGCGGGGUGUGAAUCACAUGUGGACGUUGUCAGCGCUGCAGCUGCAUCCGCACCCACUUAUUGUGGCGGAUGAAGAUGCGACGCUGGAGUUGAAAGUGAAAACUGUCAAGUAUUUCGUCAGCAUAGAGCAGUCCGGAACAGAUGCACGGACGCAGGGACCACCCCUAGUCCAUCGCACGAAGCAAUAUACGCAGCCUUCCUCACGAGGCCUGACCCCGCCGCUCUCCUCUGACGAGCACGAUGGAGCGACGCCGGAAAAGUCCACCGCGCUCAAGAUCGAUACCUCUGGUUUCCACGCUAAUGGAAAUAGGGAAGAUGAACUGGACGAGUUAACUCCAGAUAGUAUGUCAUCGCGCUUAAAGGAUUCGGCCAUUGUGGGGCUUGAAGAGACGAUGAUUGCUGCAGAUGAUUUGGUCUUUGAUCGGAUGCGGUCGAGAAUUAAUUCAGCUGAGACGUGA